AUGGAAUCUAGUAUCUUAGAUUAUGUAGCUCAAGCCUGUAUGGAUUUGACUGAAGCUAUCGGCUCAGUAGAAAGUGAAGCUGAACGAGACAAUCUUAUUACAAACCAUAUUAAGAAAGUUUCUUCUGCUGUUACUUCAAUUGAAGACUUUAAAAAAAAUUUAGAAUGGGUGAAUGUUUCUGAACCCAUAUCAUUAUCACAGCACUGCACUGAAAAAGUAGUUAUUUUAGACUUUUGGACAUAUUGCUGCAUCAACUGUUACCAUGUGUUACCUGAUCUAGAGCAUAUAGAAAAACUUCAUAAAGUUGGUAAUGGUUUAGUUGUGAUAGGUGUCCACUGUGCCAAGUUUGCAAAUGAGAAAAACUCUGCCAAUGUUUUAGCAGCUGUGCAGAGAUAUAAUAUUCAUCAUCCUGUUGUAAAUGAUGCUGACAGUUGCAUGUGGGAUGCACUAGGAAUCAGAUGUUGGCCAACUCUACUUAUAUUAGGGCCAGGCAACAAGCCUUUAUUUAUUCUUACUGGCGAGGGGCAUAGACAAGAACUUGUAUCGUAUGUUGGAGCAACACUGGCAUAUUUUGGUUCUCGUAUAUCUGUUUCUGAACUUCCCAUUUGUCCAGCGAAACAUUUGAAAGCUAAAGAGGAAGAGCUACUGUACUUCCCGAGUAAGAUUGCUCUAAAUCCGUUCUAUCGAGGGCGUUCUGAAGAGGCAUUCCUGGCGAUCUCGGAUACUGGACAUAAUCGAAUUCUACUUACGGAUUGUUCUGGAAUCGUAUUGAGAAUUAUCGGUGGACCUGAUGCGGGCUUCAAAGACGGCAAAUUAAAUGAAGCCCAGUUUAACUCACCACAGGGCGUAUGUUGGCUGUCCAGUAACGUUUUAGCUGUGUGUGAUACAAAUAACCAUGCGGUUCGAGCAAUUCAUCUUGAUGAAGGCACGGUAGAAAUUCUAGCCGGCACUGGUGAACAAGCUGCACAUGGUGACCUGGGUGGUAAAUGCCUUGGAGUUCAACCAUUAGCGUCACCUUGGGAUUUACUUCUUUACACUACCCCUGAUAUGGACAUGUCGGUAAGACCGUUGUUACCUCCUCCACCACCGCCACCAACAGCAGGACAAACGGUUCCCGAUAAGGACGUUGAGGCUUUGGAAGAAGUGAAAGAAAGGGAAAAGAAAGACGAGAAACGUCGAGUGCUGCUUAUAGCGUGUGCUGGCUCCCAUCAAAUAUGGGCGCUAUUUCUAGAUACUACUAUUUGGUGGAAAUACAAAACCUAUACUGAAGGCACGUGUGCGUGUAUCGCGGGGUCGGGCGCCGAGGCCGCACGCAACAGCGCCUACCCCAACACGGCCGCCUUCGCACAACCAUCGGGCCUAACGCUCAGGACUGGUAACAAUCCAGAAAUUUUUAUAGCGGAUUCUGAAAGCUCGUCCAUUCGAAGGUUAGCGUUAGCAACAGGACAAGUCUCAACAUUGUGUGGCGGUGAUCGCAAUCCUUUGAAUUUAUUCGCUUUUGGAGAUAUAGACGACACGGGCAUUGAUGCGAAGCUUCAACAUCCUCUUGGGGUGGCUUACUGCGAGUCUUCUAAAACUCUUUAUGUAGCAGAUACUUACAACCACAAGAUAAAAAAAGUUGAAGUCGGACCCCAAAAAGUGACGUCUCUAAACCCAACUAUGAUCGAAAGUACCGACCCGGCAAAGUUUAAUGAACCGUCAGGCUUAUCUAUCACACAAGAUGGAAAGUAUCUGUACAUAGCGGAUACCAACAACCAUUGUAUCAAAAUACUAAAUUUAGCUAAAAAUGUGUGUCAAGAUUUCAAAGUUCGUUUGCCUGACCCCAAGUUUACCGAGCCUGAGAACUUAAUCUUGUAUAAAAAUGAUUUAUUUGUAAACAGAAAAUGCGGCAACCUUAUAAUAUAUUUCAACGUAAGUUUGGACGCUGAUAUUAAAAAUGUUCAGUUUACUCCGGGAGCUCCGCAGAAUUGGCUAGUGUGCGUCAGAGAUGAGAACAACAAAGAUGUCACUUUGGAAGAUUUCGACUUUAUAAGCUCUUCUCAUAAAGGCACGAAGCUCCCCGGUCGAGUGGAAUUAAAGCUUAAACAACGCACAGAUAAAUUCCAUUAUCGCUUGUAUCUGAGUUUCCACACAGCUUUAUGUGACUCCGUUGCUCAGAAUUGCUUUUCGCAUUCAUUUACUAUUAGGUCGACAAUAUUAGUCAGAGAUUCAGUUAAAAUGGUUGAGUCGUACAAGAUCACUUGUAAAGUUAACCCUGUAAACAGAUGCGAUCAAAAGGUGCCAGAACAAAAACCUUAG